AUGGGAAUUCGUUGCCAGAGUGCAGAUUGUCUGGGGCGGGCACAGACGUGUGAAAAACACUGUGUCACAGAAAGAAAGACAGAGGGGAGAGACUUCCCGCAACGGCGGACGAACCUCAUCCCUGAUGCCAACCCUGACCCAAAUGCCACCCCUCCACCACUUGAGGCUUAUCCCAGACCUAGCCCUAACCCUAACCAUAACCCUGAUGCUACCCCUGCACCUAGUCCUAGCCCUGACCCCAGCCCCCUUAAGGUGACCCUCAUCCCUAAUGCCAUCCCUGACCCUAAUGCCAACCCUCCACCACGCAUGAUUAAUUCUAACGCUAGCCCUAACCCUAAAACUUACCCUAAUGCUAGCCCUACACCCCUUACGCCUAACUUUAGCCCCAACCCUAGCCCCUGCAGAGGACCCUCGUCCCUAAUGCCAACCCUGACCUUCAUGCCAACCCUCCACCAC